AUGGAUUGUGCGCACUGGGACACUUUGGAGUUGCAGGAUACAGUAGAAUGUCAAGUUGCUACUAAUGGUGUUUCUGCAGUGACGUACAGGCAGAGCGGAGGCAAAGUUUGUGGGGAGAUAGACGGCUUUGCAGAUCAGGUGCAUUUGAACUUCUUACUGUUUCUUCAUCGGCUAGCAGAAGAAGCCAGAACAAAUGCUUUUGAGAACAGAAGUCAAAUAAUAAAAACUGAGCACAUUAUAGCUGCAGCAAAGGUUAUUUUAAAGAAAAGCAGAGGCUAG